GCUCAAGGUGCUUCAGUAAAAUCCAUGAGGGUGGGGUUAAUCCGUAACUUCUAACUUUUCUGAAAAUGUCCAGACUUUAGAAAUACCUCACGUAGGACGUAGGAUUCCUUUAAAACUCUUCUUUGAAAUACUUUCCCUCGAUUUCGCAUCUUCCUUUCCUUCUCCCUUUCCCUCUUCUAUUCCCUAAAUCACCAAAGCUCUCUUGGCUGUCGUAUCAACAAACUCCUUUGCCACCUCAACACGCCACCUCAACAUCCCACAUUUCUAUCUCGAAUAGCACCUAGACCAUGUCUACGACUUCUCUCGACCACCUCGCUUUAGGCGGCCGUGUUGAAUGGCUUGCUAGUCUGAACACAUCUACUGCCCCUAGCAAGAAUGCUCAUCGACGAACCUCUAUUAUUUGUACCAUUGGUCCGAAGACCAACUCGGUCGAGAAGAUUAAUUCCUUACGAGCCACGGGUCUCAACAUCGUGCGAAUGAACUUCAGCCAUGGAAGCUACGAAUAUCAUCAAUCCGUCAUUGACAACACUCGCGCCGCCGAGAAGGCUCAGAGUGGCCGCCAAGUUGCCAUUGCCCUUGAUACCAAAGGUCCUGAGAUCCGUACAGGUGAUACAGAACGUGGUGAAGACAUCCCUAUCAAGGCUGGUCACGUUCUCAACAUUACCACGGACGAAAAAUACAAGACCUCGUGCAAUUCAGAGCAUAUGUACGUUGACUAUGCAAACAUCACCAAAGUAAUCGAGAAGGGAAAGGUCAUUUAUGUUGACGAUGGUGUGCUUGCCUUUGACGUGUUAAAUAUCAAGGACGACAAAACCGUUGAAGUGAAGUGCCGCAACAAUGGAUUUAUUUCCUCCCGCAAGGGCGUCAAUCUUCCCGACACCGAUGUCGACCUUCCCGCUUUAUCCGAGAAGGACAAGAAAGAUCUAAGAUUCGGCGUUCAGAACAAUGUCGACAUGGUCUUCGCCAGCUUCAUUCGACGAGGCGAGGAUAUUCGUGCCAUCCGUGAGGUUCUUGGAGAAGACGGAAAGCACAUCCAGAUCAUUGCCAAGAUUGAGAACAGACAAGGUUUGAAUAAUUUCGACGAAAUUCUCAAGGAGACUGAUGGUGUCAUGGUGGCCCGAGGAGACCUAGGAAUUGAGAUCCCAGCCUACGAAGUAUUCGCUGCGCAGAAGAAGCUGAUUGCCAAGUGUAAUAUCGCCGGUAAACCCGUGAUCUGUGCAACUCAGAUGUUGGAAAGCAUGAUCACCAAUCCUCGCCCAACCAGAGCCGAAAUCAGCGACGUUGGUAACGCAGUAACUGACGGGGCUGACUGUGUCAUGCUCAGUGGAGAGACCGCCAAAGGGUCGUAUCCAGAGCUAGCGGUCCGCGAGAUGAGCAACACGUGUCUCGCCGCAGAGAAUUCGAUCCCCUACGUCAGCCAUUAUGAGGAGAUGGUUUCACUAACGAAACGUCCUACGAACGUUGUCGAGGCAUGUGCUAUGGCCGCAGUACGAGCGUCGUUGGACUUGAACGCAGGUGCGAUCAUUGUCCUAUCCACUUCAGGAGAUUCAGCACGAUUGCUCUCCAAGUACAGGCCCGUUUGCCCGAUUUUUAUGGUGACUCGCAACCCUUCAGCCUCGCGUUACGCACACUUGUAUCGUGGCGUCUAUCCUUUCCUAUUCAACGAGGCUAAGCCAAACUACGACCAAGUCAACUGGCAGGAGGACGUGGAUCGCCGCAUUAAGUGGGCUGUCGAGAGGGCAUUAGGAUUGGGUCUUCUUGGCAAGAGCGAUACAAUUGUUGUCGUCCAGGGCUGGAGAGGCGGCAUGGGCAAUACAAACACGCAACGAAUUGUCAAAGCUGACCCAGAACACCUUGGACUAGGAAUGAUGCAUUAGACACGAGAUGCUCUCAGUACUCAUUGUCGGUCUGCAUGCUAUUUGGUUUGAAAAUGGCAUCAGAAUAGUAUGGGUAAUUUGUGGACAGUAAACAGGUAAAUUGCUAUUAAGGUAGUGAUACAAUAAUAAUUAUUUGGGAAAUAGAAACAAGAUUCGUGAUGUUAAUAAUGCCGGAGCUUAUAAUAACAUCAUAAGAUUUCCGAAGUUAUCUCAGCUAGCUUAGACUAGGUUUCCUUUAUACCUUCCUAGCCAUAUUGCUUUUUAACUAAUCAAAUUUCUUCCCGCGUAAAUAAAAAACUUAAUUUAAGGAUAUUUGGUUUUUUUUCUUUUUUUA